UAGCAACCCUUACAAGCAGCAUGCAGAUUCAACUUCAAUAAAGCACUUGCGGAAACAAGGUUUAAUUGAAAAGGUGACUGAUUGGACCAGAUGUACAGUUAAAGAAACAUCAGCAUAAUGGAAACACUACGAGUAGCUGAAAACGUAACAGAACAAGAAAUUUCAGUAUACGAUGAGUAUGGACUCUUUAAUGUUUACAUUGUGUCGACACUCUUUUCAAUAAUUGCUUUCCUUGGAUUGACUGGAAACGCCAUGGUAUUCAUUGCUGUUGGUUUGUCUCGCAAACUCCAUGACAUCACUAAUACCUUCAUUGUCAACUUGAGCAUCUGUGAUUUUUUAGCCUGCACCAUCCUACCAUUUCAUGUAGUUUCUGUGAUAUCAGGAAGAUGGCCACUUGCAGAUUGGUACUGUUCUUUCAUUGCAUCUCUGACAAUCAUCAUCCACACAAGUGGCACCAUGACCCUGGCUCUGAUAAGUCUGAAUAGAUACAUGUUGAUUACCAAGCCUCGCAAGCUCUACAUGAAGGUUUAUACCCAUCACAAUGUUGCCUGGAUGAUUGCCAUGACAUGGCUCUUUCCAUUCUUCUUCCUUCUCAUGCCUCAAUUCUUUUUGGGUGGAUUGGGUUAUCGGCAAAAGUUUAGGGUCUGCAUCUGGAAUUCUGAGCACAAACUUGCUCUCAUCUUCCAAGGAAUUGGUGCCCUUGCAUUCAUCCUUUCUACUGUCAUCAUCAUCUUCUCCUACAUCUCAAUCUUCUGUUUUGUUCGAAAGCAUAUGCAAAAGAUGACCCACAAUAACAGUGUCAAAGAUGCAAUUGAUUUUGUAGAUGAUGAAAGUUCUGUCAGUAAUUACAAAAACAGUUCAAUCAAAUCACACAGAUCAACAAAGAGGAGAAAAAUCAGCAAGAAACAACUUGAUAUCACCAAGAAUCUUUGUCUGGUUGUUGUGGCUUUCUUCAUCUGUGUCUUGCCUUACACAAUUCACCUUCCCACAGGAAUCUAUGAUAUGAGAGGAACCUACUUAGGUGUCCUUUUUGUGAGCCACACAGGUAUAAGCCCAAUUCUUUAUGCAGCAAAGCAUCCACAUUUCAAGAAUAUCUUCAGUUGCAUGUUUCGAUGCAAGUAUUCUGACAUUCCCAUGCCAACCAUGGGAUUAAAGAAGAUUUUGAACCUCUCGUCACAAAGAGUCAACAGUAUCAACGAUGGACGACUUAGAGGUCCAUCUGUUUCAAGUAGAACAAAUAUCAACAUAAUAAACUUAAAAUAAUGACAAGCAAUUCUUUCAGUCACUCAGCAAGUGUACUUCUUAUCAAGUUCUCAUUUGACGAGGGGGCUGUAUUUUGUAUUUGGGUCUCUGUAUAGAAAUUAUUAUGUGUAAUGGGUAUAUGUGGUGGCCAGAAGACCCCAUUUAUACACUUCAAUUUCUGUUUCAAUACAUAGCAUUUUCGUCUUCUGAAGCAAAUAAGGAAUAAUAAUAAUAAUACAGGUUUAUUUACCCAGGGAAGCCGCUUCAGCUCUGAAAACUGUUCUCCCAGCAGGCCCUGCUAUUAUUAUCAGCUAGCAAGCUCAUACUAUGAGCCCCACAACCGUUGCCUUUUUUCUGAUUGAAGCGCCAGAGCUGCUCAUGGCCAAAGUGCAUGCUUCCUUCUCCAUUGCAUGCAUUUGAGUGUGUAAGCACGACCACAUAGGCCAGUGCUCGUACAGACCAUUUUCACCUCCAAAAUACCAAUUAUAGAAAUGGAAUUAGAGUACACCUUUCCUAAGAUACAUUUAGAAAGUAAUUAAUAUUACUUUUAAAAAAGCCCAAACAUAAAAUGCUAUGCAGCCUGUACAAAGAUGAAUAGAAAAAUGGAGUGUCAGAAAAGUUUGGGCCAUGUUUAUGGAAAUAGGUACAUAAGUUAAGAAGUAGUUUGCACUAUUUUUUUUAAGAGUGCAGUGAGGAAAUAGCGUGGAGUGUUGCCAUGGUAACAGGGAGUAAUAAAGCAUACAAAAUUUGUUGUUUAAUUUGAUUGUAACAACAUAGUGCUGUACGUACCGCAGUCAGCAGUGCAACAAAAAAAAUACCUUCGAAAACAGGGAUGUUGCAUUAUUUGUGAAACCUAUUUAUGAAUUCAAAGAUGAGAUCAAGUGCACACCAAGAAGAGAUCAAGUUCUUCUUAUAGCUGCACUCAAAUUAUCUUGAUUAUACUGGUCUUAAGCCUUUCAGGAAGAGAAAUCCACUGGUCAACUUUUUAAUGUAAUUGCAUCUAUUUUUGAUAAUUUGUUUAACAUCCAUUUUAUGUCACAUGCAUUUUGAUGUUGGUAAUGAAAAAGUGUGUAUUGUAUUUCUUCCUCUUGAAUUUUUUAGAGUUUAAGUAUACAUAUUUUAAUCAUAUACAUCUUUAUUUAAAUGUGUAUUUCUUAUUGAAAUGAAUUAAAUUGGAUUAAGCCAGUUAACAAUUGAAGACAAUGGAUGACACACAACACCCUAAAAAUAAUAUAUGGUUAUCAAAAAUUAUAUAAUCGUAAGUUUUCAAGUUCAUUUCAUGUAAUAGGAAACUUAUUGCAAUGAAAAGGUAAACUGAAGAGGAUCAUGUUAAAUGACCUCAUGUUCAAAAUACAACCCCCCCCCCCAAAAAAAAAAGUCAAAUAUUUUUGUAUUGUCCAUUAGAGUGACUGAUAAAAGUUGACAUCUGAUCUUGCUGUUGGUAAAGCAUUUAUCACUGUUCUACUUUCCUACUAGUUUAUACAUCCACUAAAACAGUUAUGAUGUAGAGGACUUGAAAUCGAAUAAUUCUGCAAUUUAGCACAAAAAAUAAUUUUGAACGGUUGCUUGAACAUAUAGUAUACUAAUUUAUACACAAGAGUUCUUAUAGACCAAAGCAUUGUUAAUUUGGCUCAGUUGGUAGAGCGUCCGCCUCACAACCGGGAGGUCGGGGGUUCAAAACCCGGCUGCGUCAGACCAAGAGACGUUAAAAGAUGGGAGUUGCUGCUACCCAGUUUGGCGUUCAACGAUUAAAGGGAAAGAGCCUCGUCGAUCUGGCGCUGCACAGUGGCUGCCGGGCCCACCAUUAAUUGGGCAAAGCAAAUUUUCGGAGUAUUUCAUUUCAUGUCUAUUUCGAUCAAUAAAAUAUGGAUUUUCAUUUUUUCAUUUUCAUGUUCUAAGGAUAACCUAUACAACACUAAGAAGUACCCACAGACCGUCCAUAUAUCAUCCAAACAUUUGGUACAGGAAGUAACAAGGCCUGUGUCAUUUUUUUAAUGGUACAUUGACUGACAAUAUCAAGGAUGUUUUUUUUUAACUUUUGUUUGGACCCAAGCCAAAGAAGGCCAGUACAUGUAACAAUAAGUGGAAAAAUAUGUAGGAAGUCACAAAUCUAAGGUUACUUCAGCUAAAGCUACUUGGAAAGGGAAAUUCCAUUCUGAGUCCUGGUGGGUGUUUCAUGAAAGAUGUCAGCUCUGACUAAAUUGUCAGUGCUGACUAUUAUAGUGAAAUCCUUGCUUUUGAUUGGCUGAGAAGCACUGGCCUCUGACUGUUACUAUGGUAACUGUUGGAGAAAGACAACUUGCUAGUGCUGACAACUUUCAUGAAACAGUCCCAGAAGUAGAUUUACUAAAACUACUAACAUGAGGACAAAAUUUCAUUGAAAUCAAACUUCUCUUUCUUUUCAUAGUUACAUCAUGUGCUAUGCACGAUGCAAGAACAGAUUGUUAUUAUUAUAAUUAAUAGUAUUAUUAUUAUUAUUUUGUAUUAUUAUUCAUGAUAAAUAUAUCGUUUCACAGAAGUAUAUGCUGUCAUUUUGCUAUGAAAUAAUACAUCUAAUGUAAUAUUCAAACAGGCAAAGAACUUAUUUUAUAUCUGUAAUGGAAAUAAAAGAAUUAUGGAAUCAAUGGGAGAGUAGCUCACAGGUUGUGUCACAGAAUAAAACAAACCAAUCACAAUAGUUUGCUUUUGAUCAAAUGUCAGGGUAGCUUUUUACUUUAAUACAACCUUGUACAUAGGCAGUCAUAAGCAAAUAAUACUUGAUCUAAAAAACCAAUGUAAAUGAUGGAUUUUACAAAGGCAACAAAGCCACAAUGAAUCAGCAGUGUUAGUUUUGUGUAUAUAAACAAGGAUGUAAAUUGUAAUUAUUAAUCGUUUAUUUCACCUCAGCUUUCAUUUUCACUUUUGUCUUAGGCAUGUAUG